GGUUGGCUGGUUUGCUCAGUGCCGACAAGCUUCGCUUCCGCCAAACCGCCUUGCUGUACUUCCCGCGGCUUCCAGAUUCCAAUUGAACGAAUACAAAUUGAUAAUGACGAAACCGUCGACUUUUCUAGUGCCCGGCGAGAAGACGUCUGCUGGGACGCUCGCCAUUAUCAGCUUAUCGCGCGACAACUUUCUGCCACUGACUUUGGAGAAGUCCACUGGCGCGGUCGAUGGAUAUCUUGAGGGCGCAACAUUAAAUACACGCUUCGGCUCUUAUCCUCACUCAACAUUGCUCGAUGUGCCAUGGGGCUCCCAGGUCCGGGCGUCAAAUGUCGAUACGGGCUCCCGAGGCAAGAAGCGGAGAAGAGAUGCCACGGACGAAGACACACCGAUAGCCAGCCAGGACGACGACGAAGAUUCCACUGCUGCCAAUGCGCCAGUCAAGAAGGCGGUUACAGCGCCAAGCGGCUUCAUCUACGUCUUGCGGCCUACCCCGGAGCUCUGGACGACCAGCUUACCGCAUAGAACACAAGUUGUAUAUACACCCGAUUAUAGCUAUAUCCUACACAGGAUACGAGCUCGACCUGGAACCAGAAUUAUCGAGGCAGGAGCUGGAAGUGGAAGUUUCACUCACGCAUCUGUGAGAGCGGUUUACAAUGGAUAUCCACGAGAUGCGGCCGAUACGAAGGGAAAGGUCUUUAGUUUCGAGUUUAACGAAUCGCGAUAUCACAAGAUGCAAGCAGAAAUCGGAGAACAUGGACUCGACGGCCUUGUUCAGCUCACGCAUCGCGAUGUAUACAAUGACGGCUUUCUUGUCGAUGGCAAGUCACCAAAGGCAACUGCCGUAUUCCUAGAUGUACCUGCGCCCUGGGAGGCUGUACAUCAUCUUUCAAGGAGAAAAAUGAAGAAGGGGGGUGAAGAAGCUGAGGAGGACAGCAACUGGGUAUCGCCACUGGAUCCCAAGCAGAGUGUGCACAUUUGCACCUUUUCACCAUGCAUUGAGCAGGUUGAUCGAACAGUGACAGAGCUGAGAACAUUGGGCUGGGUCGAUGUGGAUAUGGUGGAAAUUUCAAAUCAGAAGAUCAACAUAUCAAGAGAGCGCGUCGGUGUAAACUUUCCUUCUGAAAAAGGAUACAAUUCUUCCCCAGCAGACGUUGCGGAGGCUGUCACAAAGCUCAAGAGUCUCGCCGAAAGGAAUAAAGAUACACAAAGAGUCCAGGGUUUACAAUCGGGAACUGAGGGUCUUGACAGCGAAAUGGAUGUCGAUUCCACUCCUAGCCGCGACAAUCGGCCUUCGAAUGGCCUAAAUGGAACCGCUGAUGAUGCGGAGAGACCAUUCAUGCAGGGACGACUCGUCCACAGGCCAGAAAGCGACCUCAAAACCCAUACGUCAUACCUGGUAUUUGCUGUUCUGCCAUGUGAAUGGAGCGAGGAAGACGAGGCUGCGGCUAUGGCGAAGUGGCCAUGCGGAAACGAAAAGAAGACGAUUGGAAACCUUGACAAGCAGGCUCGGAAGGAGGAGAAGAGGAAGAUGCUCGAAGGGAAGGCCAAGUCCAAGAAGCAGAAAAAGGGGAAUGAUACCCAGCCUUCGCAAGUUGUGGUGUCAGCUAUGGCGACGCCAACUGACACUGCGUAAUUUGGAACUUUAUUAGCUAUAAUUUUGGAAUAACAUAAAUCUACGGCG